GGAAGCUUCGAUUCCACCUUACUAUCAACUUGGUACCUUAUUGCUCCUACUUACAAGACGUGUUUCGGAUUUAAAUGCUCUAGACCUGACCCUUAUCUCCCCAUCGACCCCACAAUCGACAACCGCAGGUGACAUUCGUUCAACCGCUUCACAACCUCAAUUCUUAGUCCACAAGCAAGCACACAUCAUGCCAGUUGCAUCGCUCUACCUGCUUUCACUCACCACAGACACAAGCAGCUUCCUCAAUUCUCUCCGGUCCACGCGGAAAGUUAUCGUCAGCUCUCGACCGCGUCAUGCCGUGAUCCGUCCCACUGUCUUGGACAAAGACAUCCUGACCAGAACACCAUGGGACCUUCUUGUCCUCAUCCAGCCACCCCCAGACUCCCCCCCAAUCCCACUUACUCUUCAGUCACAGAUCAAGACUCAGUACUAUGUUACAGUGGGAGUCCCAUCCAAACUACUCUCCACCUACGCAUCACGGGAUGAAUCCCUCAAACGGACCGCCCCUUCGAUCCCCCUCACCGGAUCUCUAGACCAAGCGCGCAGCAAACCGAGCUCCCAGAAUCUAGAGCUUUCUCCAGAGCUUAUCUCCUUCAUGGACGAGCUUACUCCCCAGCACUCUGGUCCUGUGACGAUGCUGAACCUGCUUCAUUUCAACCAGCCAGAUGGGAAGAAGAGCUACUAUCAAUACGGACAAGCGUUCAUUCCAGUGGCGGGAAAAAGAGGCGGAGAUGCAAAGUUGGUUGGUAAUGUGGUGAAGCCUAAGACUGCAGACAAUGCUACGGUGGAUUCUAGGGGGGACUGGGCGAAGAGGGAAGAGGAUUGGUGGAAUGAGAUCUCGAUUGUGCAUUACCCUUCGAUUCGGCACUUUUGUGAUAUGCUUGCUGGAGAGGACUAUCAGGGGAUCAAUGAGAAGUAUAGAUUAUCGGCUUUGAAGGAUACAUUUUUGCUCUGCACGACUGAGUUUGAUGUCGAAUCGUCGCCUGCGAAGCUAUAAUUUGUUCGUAUUGAUGCUUUGGAUAUACUGCUGACCUAUCGUCAUCUUUUUCCUCAUUUCACCUACUUCUUCACUUUACCUUUCCUCGCCAACAAUUCAAUGUUUAGAAUAGUCCCCCGAAUCCAUUCUUCAUCUCAUUGCAUUCUUCUACUCGUGGUCAUGAAUCCCUCCUCCCAUUUCCCAUCCGUGUCAUCUUUCUUCUUCUCAUCCACUCCUCAAUCAAUCAAAACACCCUCAAAAAAGCUAGAAAUCCCUUAUUCAUACUAUCUUCCAAGACGGGUCAAAGUUUAUGUCUCACCGCAAACCCCUGCUCCUCUAUGGGAAUCAGGAGCCGACUAAUGAUCCUAG